AAUCGGCUUGGGUAUUCUUCAAAAAAUAAUUCAUAGAUCAGGGCCGAGAAAAGGGAACGAAGAAAAUGUCCCGUUCUCGGCCUUGCAAGAAGUUUUCUUCUCAACAAAUUCCACUGCUAUGUGCAGCAUUGCUCCUCAUUGGAACCUCAACUCUGUUCUUCGUGUUCGUCUGCCCCCAUUUGGCAAAUGAAUAUUCCAUUGCUAUCCCUGUCUACGAUGGAAUCCUUACUUUGAUAGUUUUGGCCAGUUUCGCCAAUGCUUCACUAAGAGACCCUGGCGUAAUUCCCAGAGAAGAAACAUCAACUUCUGAGCAAGAGGAUGACUUCAGAGCUCCUCUAUACAAGAAUGUUGAUAUCAAUGGCAUUACAGUUCGCAUGAAAUGGUGUGAUACCUGCAAGUUUUACAGACCACCACGAUGUUCACAUUGUAGCAUUUGUAACAAUUGUAUUGAGAAUUUUGAUCAUCAUUGUCCUUGGGUAGAUAACUGCAUUGGCAGGAGAAAUUAUAGAUAUUUCUUUUUCUUUGUGUUUUCUCUGUCUGUUCACAUUAUAUCUGUAUUUGCCUUCUCUUUGAUAUUUAUUCUUGAGAAAAAGGAUGAACUGAGGGAAGCAGCAGUGGCAAUAGCUAUUAUGGUGGUGUGUGGACUAACGUCUAUUCCAGUGAUUGGAUUAACUGUGUUCCACAUUGGACUGGUGGCUAUGGGACGCACAACUAAUGAACAGGUGACGGGAAAGUUCCGCAGUGGUCAUAAUCCUUUUGAUAAAGGCUGUAAGAACAACUGCUUGGUGACACUUUGUUCUUCUCAAUAUUCAAAAUAUAUUGGUUAUAUGGAAAAUGUAGCCAAGGAAUCCACUAAGAACAAAAAGAGAAUAGAGAAGAAAAAAGAGAAAGAAAAGGAUGCAAACAAAUCUGUUGAUGUUGAGUUAACUGAAGUUAAAGUUGAGGUGACAAGUAAUCACUCCAAUCAAAAGUCACAGGAUGAUAGCAGAGAUGGUAGAGAUAGAAAUAGUCAUCAGAUGAGGUCUCAAGAUGGCAGAUCUUCUGUCCCAGUAACUACUGCUCCUCCACGAGUUUCAGCAACUUAUGUGAAGUCAAGUGUAAAUGGAAGAACAAUAAGUGGCAGCCGUGAAGUCACAGUUUAAUGUCAUGUUUGUAUGCUAUACAAGAUAAUAACCUCUAUUGCUACUGCAGUCCAAGGUGCUGAGUAUAAACCUUGAAUUUCAUGGAAGCAGUUGAUGGAUGAAUUUGCUGCUUUUCACCAGGAUUAGCCAGUGCUCACCUGUAAAUUUAACAAGGCAUGUCUUCGGAAGCAAGUGGUACAAUCAAUGGGAAGAGAGGCAGAAAUGUUGGAUACACAAGAUUUGCUGUGCAUAAAUUUACCCCUAAUUAAGAUUGUAAUCGUAAGGACUGACUUUUUUUUAAGGAAGUGAAUUUGUCAGAUCUAAGCAGGUUGCAAAUGUGAGGGUAACUAUGCUUCAUAUCUGCCUGCAUUGCUGAAUUAAUAGUUAACUCAUAUCUUUUCAUGUCAAAGUACAUGCAAAAUAUACUGCGUAUUCAAUCUACCUUAAAAGGACUGUAAUGAAGAGUAUAAAGAAUCAGUGAUUGCUGCACAUGGUUUCAAACACAAACAGUUGGGGUAAAAAUUGUUGCUGUUAAAACAGUUGAUGGCAGUAGUAUACUGUAAAUAAUCUGAAAAAAGUGUUGUAUAUUAUCUGAUGCCUAUAGUACUAAUUAAAAGAAGUCGUUUGAUUUUUAAUUUUUGUGUUGCUAUCCUGUUCAUGUUAAAUUCACAACUGUGCUAUUACAACGAUUGUUAUAAUAAUAAAUUACAUAUUUUUUAGUGCUUUUGUUAGUUAUCAUGAUAAUAAUGAUGAAUUGGUGCUUUGUAUAGUAAGUAAUUACAGAGUUAGGUUAUUUAGAAAUAUUUCCGUUUUGGCAGCUAUCAUUCAAACAAAGGAUAUAAUAUGUUCUUCGAUUUGUAAACUGCAUUAAUUUGAAGAAGUUUUCAUGGUGAGAGUUAUAAAUGGCAGUGAGUGCUGUUGUAAGAAAACAGUAUAUUUUUGUGCAAUGUAAUAAAUUGCAUGGGGAGGAAAAUUAUGUUAGCCAUUGGAAAGCGGAAAAAUAUAGAGACAAGAGGUAAAAUGUUGAAUAUUACUUUAAGGGAUCUUUAGACUGGUUAGCAUCCUUUGUACCAAGUGGGAAGAGGCGUUAAUUAACAAUAAUUUAACAUAGUGUAGAAAUGCACUAAAUUUCUGUUAGAUCAUUAUUUACUCACACAGAUCUAUCAAUACCACAUGGUUCCUUUACUGUACAAGUAGCUUACUGUAUUUAUCUCAACUUGCAUUUUAUUUUCAUUUUACUUCAGGAAUAAAUUACUCAUAUUUUGACAAAUUGUCAAAAUGUCAUUUGAUUGUAGACUCAGAUAAUAAUUCCUCAAAUCAACUGAAACUGCAGUUUCCAGUCUUGUGAUUGGUAGGAGACAUUUUGAAAAGCUCUCUGUGGCUGAUCUGUUCUUUGUGUGCUUCUUAUUUUGUGGUUUCCAUCGACCUUCAACAUGGCUAAAAAAUGAGUAGGGGAUCCAGUCAUUAAUUUGCUUCUAGAGUUCAUUGACACCCACCUUAUAGGCAUACUUGAAACAACAGAUAAGCAAUUGUUUGAUAUCCUUUUGCAGGCUUUGGCAUAGUGGUCAUCUGUAGAAUAUUUUAACUUCAGGUUUUAAGUAUAUAAACACAUUUCAGAAUGCCCCAUUUGGUCAAAGAGAAUAUGAAUGUAAAUCAAAUGCAUUGGCAGGGUUUAAAAAAAAAAACACAAUUGUGCAAUUAUUUCAAGUUAGUCAAACAUUUCCCCCCUAACUUGUAAAACUUCAUACAGCUAAGCGAUAGACAUAGACAAUGCAAGUGUUCUUUUUGUUCAUCUUGCACAAAUAUUUUUGAAGCCUCCUUCACAGUUAUUUUCCUGAAGAAGUCUAACAUUUGCUAUGAUUCUGUACUGAAUCAUGAAAAUACAAUUUGAUAUUUAGUUAUGGCAAUUAAUUGGUUUUUAAUUAUAAUUCGCUCAACAUUUAUGUUAAAGUUAUAAAAAAUAAAUAUCAAAGUCAA